GUUCUUGUCUUGCAGACUUCUCCACCCAGGUGAACUCCUCGUCCCUCAACUCCCCCACGGGGCGUGGCUCCAUGGCCGCCCCCUCACUGCACCCCUCUCUGGGGCCCGGCAUGGGCUCCUCUCUCGGCUCCCCAGGACAGCUGCACUCGCCCAUCAGCUCGCUGAGCUCACCCAUCAAUGGCAUGGGCCCACCCUUCUCCGUCAUCAGCUCCCCCAUGGGCCCCCACUCCAUGUCGGUGCCUACCACACCCACCCUGGGCUUUGGCACUGGCAGCCCCCAGCUCAACUCACCCAUGAACCCCGUCAGCAGCAGCGAGGACAUCAAGCCCCUGCUGGGCCUCAACGGUGUCCUCAAGGUCCCGGCCCACCCCUCAGGGAACAUGGCGUCCUUCACCAAGCACAUCUGUGCCAUCUGCAGCGACCGCUCCUCAGGUAAGCACUACGGGGUGUACAGCUGCGAGGGCUGCAAGGGCCUCUUCAAGCGGACGGUGCGCAAGGACCUGACCUACACCUGCCGAGACAACAAGGACUGCCUGAUCGACAAGCGGCAGCGGAACCGCUGCCAGUACUGCCGCUACCAGAAGUGCCUGGCCAUGGGCAUGAAGCGGGAAGCCGUGCAGGAGGAGCGGCAGCGGGGCAAGGAUCGGAGUGAGAGCGAGGUGGAGUCCACGAGCAGUGCCCACGAGGACAUGCCGGUGGAGAAGAUUCUGGAGGCCGAGCUGGCUGUGGAGCCCAAGACCGAGACGUACGUGGAGGCGAACGUGGGGCUGAACCCCAGCUCGCCCAACGACCCCGUCACCAACAUCUGCCAGGCGGCAGACAAGCAACUCUUCACGCUGGUGGAGUGGGCCAAGCGGAUUCCGCAUUUCUCUGAGCUGCCCCUGGACGACCAGGUCAUCCUGCUGCGGGCAGGCUGGAACGAGCUGCUCAUCGCCUCCUUCUCCCACCGGUCCAUAGCCGUGAAGGACGGGAUCCUGCUCACCACCGGGCUGCAUGUCCACCGGAACAGCGCCCACAGCGCAGGGGUGGGCGCCAUCUUUGACAGGGUGCUGACAGAGCUCGUGUCCAAGAUGCGGGACAUGCAGAUGGACAAGACGGAGCUGGGCUGCCUGCGCGCCAUCGUCCUCUUCAACCCUGACUCCAAGGGGCUCUCGAACCCGGCCGAGGUGGAGGCGCUGCGCGAGAAGGUCUACGCGUCCCUGGAGGCUUACUGCAAACACAAGUACCCCGAGCAGCCGGGAAGGUUCGCCAAGCUGCUGCUCCGCCUGCCAGCCCUGCGCUCUAUCGGCCUCAAGUGCCUGGAACAUCUCUUCUUCUUCAAGCUCAUCGGGGACACGCCCAUCGACACCUUCCUCAUGGAGAUGCUGGAAGCCCCACACCAAAUGACUUAGGCCCGCAGGCCCGUCCUUCACGCCCACCGGUCCGGCCGCCCCGCCUGGCCGCCAGCUGCUCUUGUCAGCCGAGUCCUGUCCCCGCCCCUUCUCUGCCUGGCCUGUGUGGACUCCGGGGCGCAGCCCGUCACUGCUAAGCCUAAGAGAUAUGUUGCCACCCUUGUUAUUUUUAAUACUACUUGUCUUUGGACCUGGGCAGUGGCUUUCCCGGGCGGCAGCCAGAGUGGCCAGGACUGGUGUGAGCCCUGGCCGGGCCCAUCAGGCUCUCUUCGGGGGAGCUCGGGGCAGCUCACCGAGACCCCCGCCCCGGGAGCGGCAGCGCUCGGAGAGGGCGGCUUUGUUUUGGUCACAUUGUUGCUGGUUUUGGAAUCUCCCAGGUGGUCCCCCUCUGUUGGGAGUGCCCCCUCUUCCCUCCUUUCGGUGCUGGUGCCCGGCCAGCUUGGCACCCCCCAGGAUCAGGAGGAGGGGACGGGUUGGGGGGGCUGGUGUUUCAUUGCAGAAGACCCCUUGUGCCCCCUGGAAGACGAGAGGGGCUCUGGGGCGAGCAGGCUUCCUGCCCUCAGAGUGAGGGGUGAGCUGUCCCUUUUCCAAAGAUGACUUGUGAUUUCGUCCCCAAGCCAAUCAGAACAGGAGC